UGUGUUGGAGCCUACUAGAAUGAAUGACUUGUCCCUUUCUGCUAGAGGAGUGAAUUUUAGCCAUCCAAUUAUAAUAAGAUAUAAAUUGUCAUAUUCUUUGUUUGUUGGGUCCACUCAUAACAGAACGAAUGCUCAGAAAGGAACAAACAAAUGCAGUGCAAGUGGGUUGUGAGGAGGUGAACGUUGUUCUUUCUAACUUUGACAAAUACCUGGAGUGUCGUAAAAAAAUAAAUUAUGAAGCAGCCAGUAUUAUUUUCUUACUGGGUUUUCUGGUCUCACAACAAAAAUGGCCUUCUCUUCUUGCUUUUGCCAUUCUCAGUUCUCCCUCAAGGUUGACUAUGCUAAAAAGACUAUAAGACAUUCGAGUAACGAUAGAAGCAUCACAUUUUCACUUGGAAGUUCUCAUACUCAAGUCUUUGGUCAACAGCUUGAGACAGUGGGAGUUCAAUUACACAGGGACUGGAGUUUUGUAGGAGGUUCAACAGUUACUGUAAGACCAAAACUCGAGAGAUCCAUUCUACACCGAAAAGGCUCUGGAAUAUAUGUCUCAUGGUUGGCAAGUUCUCAAAUUGCUAGCAGAGUUUUUACUUUGGGAACAACUGCAGUUCUCCCAUUUUAUGCCCUCAUGGUUGUGGCACCUAAAGCUGAACUGACAAAAAUGUCUACGGAAAGUAGCGUACCAUAUAUUCUGCUCGGAGUUCUCUAUGCUUAUCUACUAUACCUCUCUUGGACUCCUCAGACGCUACGGUUGAUUUUUGCAAGUAAAUACUGGCUACCUGAGCUGACUGGUAUAGCAAAGAUGUUCACCAAUGAGAUGACAUUAGCUUCUGCCUGGAUUCAUUUGUUGGCUGUCGAUCUCUUUGCUGCAAGGCAGGUUUUCUGUGAUGGUCUUCAAAACGAAAUUGAGACUCGGCAUUCAGUUUCUCUUUGCCUGUUUUUCUGUCCCAUUGGAAUUCUUACUCAUGUCAUUACGAAAGCACUUACUAAAAGUGCUGGAAGCACAAGCGGGCACAAAACACAUUGACAACUAAAUUAUGCUGAAACAAUCAAAGGAUUUUUGGGAAGUUGAAUAACAAAAUCUUGAUAUGAAUGAAGAUUAUUAUUUUUAUGAGCAAACCACCAAUAUAUGUCCUUGUUAAUUUAGGUUCGUCAUGGAGUUGCUUUGGAGUUCAAAUCUACCUCCUACAUAACUUCACUCUGUUUUGUUUUUUGUUUUGUUUUUUUUCGGACUAUGUUCUAGGUAUCGUACGUGCAGCGCGCUUGCAUAUUAUGAGUAUGGGUAGAUGACUUUGUUGAUUACUGGUUGUAUGAUGUAGUAGGUAUAGUGUUUGUGUAGUGUUUUCAACCUACAUUGUAUAGGUAGAUGACUUUGUUGAUUA